CUUUUUUGAUAAGUGUUUAAAAAAUAAUUAAAAAUUUAAGAAUGAAUUCUUGUUUAUCUAAGUUGGAUCUCUUUUCUUCGCAUUUUCAAUUCAAUAUUGGACAAAAUUAAAUAAAAAAAUCCACCCCCUUAGGAAUUAUAUUAUCUCUUCUUAUAAUCGCCAUAGGCUUGUCAUAUUACUCCUACUUAUUCUGGCUGCUAACAACUAAUCAGCUAGAACCAAACUAUAAAUCUCAAGAAUUUAUUACAGAGGAUUCUAUCGAUAUCAACUUAUCUUAAGAUCUAGUAGGUUUUAGAUUUGAAUAUGAUUUUAAUAUGCCAAUAGACAUCCUUUAAGCCCAUAAAAACAAGACAUAUUUAGUUUAUAUGGCUUACUUUUACUACGUAAAUAAUAGUGAUACUUAGUUGAUUUAGCUAAAUAUAGUAAAAUGCCAAAACCCUAAUUUAAUUGACUUUUAUUGUUUAGAUUUUUCUAACGUGUCAAAUUACACAUUAACAAUAAACACAAAAUAAAAUAUUUAAUCAUAUGUCGAUAUUUUUAUUUACGGGUGUCUUGACUAAGAUGUUUUUAAAACUAAUAUCCCCGAAAAUUGUGCUAGUUAAGAUUAAAUUGAUGCGGUUAUUAAUGGUAUGAAUGCUGGAGUAAGAUUAAAAUUAUUUACAUCUUAGUUUAAUGUUGGAACUAUUUAAAACUAAAUUAACUAUAGAAAUGCUUUUAUUUAUACAGUGGGUGACUAGUUAAUUUAGUCUACAUUUAAAACAUAAAAAGCUAUAACAACUGUAAAAGAUGGAUUGUUUAUUUUAAAUAGCAGAAAUUAUUCUUCUCCUCUUAAAUAUGAUUUAUUUAACUAGAUUUAUGAUAGAUAAUAUAGUCUUGAAAACAUAGGUUAAAGCGGUUACAGCUUUAUUUAAAUAAUAAUGGAUGAGAUAGUUCAAUAAACAAAGAUCUAAUAUCCUACAGUCCCUGAUGUUUUGGCUCUUGGUAACGGUAUCAUAACUUUAUUAAUGAUUUUUGGUUUUUUUGGUAGAAUGAGUUCCUUUAUAUCAAUCAGAAACGAUUUCUUUCUAUUGAUUCUAUAAAAUUUGUAUCAAGGUAAAUACUUAGAUAUUUUGCAAAACAAUUAGAUACUCUUAAGCUAAUAAGAAGAAACAAAAUAAAAAAUUGAGUUAAAUUCUAGUGAUAGCCAGCUGACAUUAGAAGAAUGGAAAAAAAAGAGUCCUAACAUAAGAUAUAGCAAUUACAAUUAAUAAUCAAUAAAAACAAAGUAAUCGUUAGACUGUUAAUAGCAGUUAUAAAAAAAAUUUAGAGGUAUUUCUUAGAUUAUUGAUGAAAAUAAAGAUAGUGAGUUUAAAUUUCAAAAUGCAUGGGAGAGUUAUAAAGCUUAAAUAAACUUUAGUAAAAUCUUGUCUAAUUUGAAAACUUUUUAAAAUGAAACAUUUUCUUAGAAAGUAUUUUAAAAACUAUUUAAUCAACGUUCAGGUAAGAAACGAUAAAAUCAUGAAGAAUAGAUAUAUAAUAAAAGAGCUAAAAAGUCCAUAGAAGAGCAACUAAAUAAGCAUUUAGAUAUUUUUUAAAUAUUCUAAGAUAUUAUAUUUAUAAAAAAAGCAAUAAUGAUUUUAUUCGAUAAAGAUUAACUAGCUGCCAUAAAGUUAGUUGGUUGCUCUUCUAACUAUCUAGAUAGGAUCACGGUAGGCUUAAAUUAAAUCAAAAUAAAUUUUGAAAGUUAAAACCAUUUAGAAGAAUAGCUUGAAAUUUUUUAAUCAAAGCAACUUUAGUGUGAAAAAAUUCAAUAGUUUUUAGAGAAAUGCAAGAAAAGCAACAACUUAGAUUAAAUAGAUAAAAGAAUACUCUCCUCUCUUGUUUGAUAUUUAUUUAUCUGAAAUUCCUUUUUAAAAUUUACAUCAUUUAUUAUAUUUUUUAUAAAUAUUUUUUUAAGAUUUAAGGUAUAAUUUGUAAGUAUGUAUGUAAAUUAAUUAAUUAAUUUGUAUAUCAAAUAAACUAUUCAAUGUUCAAAUAGUAUUUU